UGAACCAGCAUUGGCACCGUUUCCCUCUGCGUGCGACCAAUAUAUAAACAGCUAGAGCGAAGCCACAUGGAUGUGCCUUUUUUGCUCUCUGAGGGGUCCAAGGCUGAUUGCAUGACCCGGGGUCAGAUCAUCCAGAACAGAGGGGGGGUGUGUACAACGAUCCACGGCUAGCCUAGGUCUUUAAUCACCGUUCUGCCGCCACCUCCAAGUACUGUACUGGUAUACAUGCCAAGGUACAGAACGAGCCGUCAGAAAGAGAAUGAAAUGCCAGGACGGAUGAGACGACCGAGGAUGAGAUGAAAAGAGCGUCGACUUUGCAUCUGAGAGUGGGAACGGGGCUCCGUCCUCGCACAUGCGAUAUAUCGAGGACGGCCCCCAUGCUCCCCGGCACGACCCUUGGACACACGCGGAGAAUAGCACAACGGACAAGAAGGACAAGAGAGAGGAGGGAGAAAGCGCAAAGCCGCUCGCAUUUGCCCCGAUUCCGAUCCCGCAAUGCAACCGAUAUGCUCCUGAGCAGUUUUGGGCUGUUUCCCUUCGCCGGCUUACAGCCACCAUCUUUUUCGUCUCUUGUUUCCCUUGGGCUACGCAAGCCACAAGACUGCUGCUAAAGCCAAAUAGUUUGAACCUGGACCGUCGUACUAACGUGGCGAGGGAAAUGCGGGGUGUGGGCAACAAAGCAAAAAAAAGCAAAAAAAGAAGCACAAAUGACAAAAAAAAAAGAGCCCGUCGUCAAAACGGACCAAUCUCGGCUAGUCUGGCCUUCUUUGAAUUUAGACGGGGAAGCAAAUUGGGCCUUCCGCAGCCUUUUGGUUUGUUUGAUCAUUGGAUGAAGGGGAAAUGCAGGUUUUUGCUUUUCUUGCAAUGGACGCGCAUGAUAGGCCGCAAGCUGUUUUUUUUUUCUUUUGUUUCGGCUGGCUGGCUGACACUGAAAUAUUGGGCUAAGCAGGCAUGGACAGGAAAAGAAAAGAAUGAAAAAAGCUUGGGGGCUAGCUUCAUCUAGCUUUGGCCGCCUGGAUGCGCGCUGCGGUUGGGAAAUUUGGGCUGUGGACGAGCUUUGCUUUAUCCCGUUAAUUGCCAGUUUGCCAGUGACAUUUCGGCGGGCGAUGGGACUAACAGGUGCAAAUAGCGUGUACUCGUCCCAUUCUGA